AUGGCGCCCUCCUCGUCUUCCUCCCAGGCGUACUCCAAAGAUGAGAAGGUGCUGUGUUUCCAUCACGAACUGCUCUACGAAGCCAAGGUGCUCGAGCACAAAUUCAAGGAUCCCAACGACAAGAAGGACGGCAGUUUGUAUCGCGUGCAUUACAAGGGCUGGAAGAAUACAUGGGAUGACUGGGUUCCGCAAGAACGACUUCGCAAACUCACGGAAGAGAAUAAGGAGCUCGCGGCGAACCUGAAAAAGGACAUGGAUGCGCAGCGCCGAGCUGUAUCCAGCAAGCCGUCUACCUCUACCUCCACCAAGAAGCGGCCUUUUGGCUCCGACAUGACGGGCUCGUCGGCGCGGUGGAGCGAAGAUCGCAGCUCUGCGGCUCCGCAGGCUUCACGGGGGCAGAAGCGGGGGAGGGAGAUUGAGGGAAUCGACAAGGAAGACGACUUUGUCCGCCGCCCCGCCGUCCGCCUCUUCAUCCCGGACGGCCUGAAGUCCAUCCUCGUGGACGACUGGGAGAAGGUGACCAAAGAGCAGAAGCUCGCCGCCGUACCUUCGCCUACGCCCAUCACUCAAUUCCUCAACGAAUACUACGAAGCGGAGGCCAGCGCCCGGAGACCUGGCUCGGCCGACGCCGACAUCCUGGAAGAAGUCAUUGCGGGGGUGCGAGAGUACUUCAACAAGUCUCUUGGCCGCAUUUUGCUGUACCGCUUUGAGAGGCAGCAGUUCUAUGAAGUGCAUAAGCAGAUUGAGGCAGGGCAUGGUGAGCAUGCGGGCAAGACGUUGUGCGAUGUGUAUGGGUGUGAGCAUCUGUUGCGGCUCUUUGUCUCAAUGCCGGAUCUCAUCGCUCACACCAACAUGGAUGCCCCAUCUGUUAGUCGGCUGAGGGAGGAGUUGUCGAAGAUGACGCAGUGGCUUGCAAAGCGCAUCGAUCGCUACCUCGCCACCGAGUACGAGCAUGCGGGUCAGGAUUAUCUGGAGACUUCGAAGAACGGCGCUUGA